AAUCAAUCAAUCCUAGGAACAAACACAGAAACACAACCAACCCCACAAAACUCACCAUAAAACCCAAAAACCAACUCUUAUUAUUAUUCCCACUUCUCCUCCCUCCCUGCAUAAUCUUGAACAACAACAACAACAAUAUGGUGGAUUAUCAUGUUCACAGUCACAGGCAUACCCAGAUGAAAAAAGGUGUAAACUUGGCAUUAAUUCAUGUAGAUGAAGAACAUGGUUGUGUUACCAUCAAAAGAUCGAGACCAAAGCUUCUCUUUUUUCUCACUUUUUGCUCUCUUUUGUCUUGUUUUUUGCUGCUUCUUCCUUCCCUUUUUUCUACCUCCCCUUCUUCCACUUUCUCUCUCCUAUAUUCAUAUGAAGGUGAUGAUGAUGAGUCCCUUUCUGGUGGUUAUAAAGCUCCCCUUUGUUCAUCUGUUGCAGAUGGAACUAUUUGUUGCGACAGAACCAGUGUUCGAUCAGAUAUAUGUAUGAUGAAAGGGGACAUAAGAACAAACUCUUCUUCAUUCUCCAUCUUCCUGUACACCUCGGGCAACGUCUCUGGUGAUGUUAUCCCCAGAGACGAUGAACUCCAGCACGAAAAGAUCAAACCGUACACUCGAAAAUGGGAGCCAUCCACCAUGGCCACAAUUGAUGAACUAACUCUCAUUUCCAAGAAUUCCAACGGUUCAACAGUCGAAAACCGGCCUAAAUGCGAUGUAACCCACGACGUUCCAGCCGUUUUCUUCUCCACUGGAGGCUUCACGGGCAAUGUUUAUCACGAGUUCAACGACGGGUUGAUCCCGCUUUACAUCACUUCUCAGAAGUUCAACAAGAAAGUUGUGUUUGUGAUUCUUGAAUAUCAUGAUUGGUGGAUUAUGAAGUAUGGUGAUGUUGUUUCUAGGUUGUCCAAUUACGAGCCCAUAGAUUUUAACGGGGAUCAUCGAACACAUUGUUUCUCGGAAGCUAUAAUCGGGUUAAGAAUCCAUGAUGAGCUCGCGAUCAAUUCUACGUUGAUGAAAAACAACGAAACUAUCGAAGAUUUUCAUGAUGUUCUAGAUAAAGCGUACAUGCCGCGAAUUCAGGAUUUGGUUCAAGAAGAACCGAUCGCGGUCCUUGAACCAGAAAAGCCUAAGCUCGUGAUCAUAUCGAGAAAUGGGUCUCGGGCCAUUACGAACCAAAACUUAUUAGCAAAAAUGGCGGAAAAAAUCGGGUUCAAUGUGGAGAUUUUGUGGCCCGACAAAACGACUGAGUUGGCGAAAAUUUACCGGUCACUGAACUCGAGUGAUGUCAUGAUCGGAGUACAUGGGGCCGCGAUGACUCACUUUUUGUUCAUGAGGCCCGGAUCUGUGUUCAUCCAAGUUGUGCCUUUAGGUACAAGUUGGGCCGCUGAGACGUACUAUGGUGGGCCUGCUAAGAAGCUUGGUUUGCGAUAUAUCGGGUAUGAGAUUCUUCCACAAGAAAGCUCGUUGUACAACGAAUAUGAAAGAAACGAUGCUGUUUUGACUGACCCUGAUAGUGUUAAUGAUCGAGGAUGGGAGUUCACUAAGAAGAUUUAUCUUGAUCGACAAAAGGUGAAAUUAAAUCUGACAAGGUUUAGAAAGCAUUUGGUUCGGUCACAUUUAUAUAUCAUGGCAAAAAGAAACCAGGCUCAAAGUCAUGCCCGAGCUGAAGUGACCUCGGGCUAGAAUCCGAGUCCGAUCAAGCUUGGGCCUGAAUCCGACCCUAACCAUAAUGCCAAUGUGUGAAGAUCAACUAUGGGGAACACUAUAGCUUAGGAAUUAGUAGUUGAAUUUUUUUUUUUUUUGUACAUAAUAUCAUAGGAAAGGGGGAAACAUGUAUUCUUUGAUUUUUUUUUUUUAUUGAAGUUGAGAAAAUCUUUAUUCUUUUAUUACAUUGUAUUGAUUGAUUAAUACUGGAUUUUUGGUUAA